AUGUCACAAAUCAUAUUUAAUCGAUAUAUCGAUCCUAUUCCAGAUGAAGUCUUCCUCUCCUCGCUACUGCCCAUAUGCGAAACCGGGUACGUCGUCUCCUAUCUCGCUGCCAUCUAUCAACACCGUACUCCCGCCAUCAUCACCGUAUUCGACCCCGGUCUCACCCGCAUCAAGCUACUGUACAUUCUCACCCGAGUCGGGCACUGUCACUCCACUUUCUCAGCCACUGUUCAUACAAACCGACGAUUCCUACUGGUACGGUAG